CUCUCGCCGUGUCUGUGCCCGGCGCCUCGAUGUUGGCUCCAUUCAGUGGCGGGUUCCGCAGCUCCGGCGGGCGGGCGCUGAUCUCGCUCAGUAGGAACAGGUCCUCGGCCGGCAUCGCUCGGCGGUCAGCAGCCUUAGGAAGAGGUGCUCCAGAGGAAGGGAGGAUGCUGUCACGGCUGCGCAGGGCCGCGGUGCCCUGCGCGAAGGCGAAGCACAGCCUGCACACCAAGGAGAAGGGCAAGCCGCUGAUGCUGAACCCGCGCACCAACAAGGGCAUGGCCUUCACCUUACUGGAGCGACAAAUGCUCGGGCUGCAGGGGCUCCUGCCUCCCAAAAUAGAGACGCAGGACAUCCAAGCCUUGCGCUUCCACAAGAAUCUGGCAAAAAUGACCGACCCCUUGGAAAAGUACAUCUACAUAAUGGGCAUCCAGGAGAGGAACGAGAAGUUGUUCUACAGGGUGCUGCAGGACGAUAUUGAGCAGCUAAUGCCGAUUGUGUACACCCCAACCGUGGGCCUGGCCUGCUCCCAGUACGGACACAUCUUCAGGAGACCAAAAGGAUUAUUUAUCUCUAUCUCAGACAAAGGCCACAUAAGGUCAAUUGUGAACAACUGGCCAGAGAACGACGUUAAGGCUGUUGUUGUCACUGAUGGAGAAAGAAUACUGGGUCUGGGAGACCUGGGGGUGUACGGGAUGGGAAUUCCAGUGGGAAAGCUGUGUUUGUACACAGCCUGCGCGGGGAUACACCCAGAUAAAUGCCUGCCUGUGUGCAUCGACGUCGGGACUGACAACGCUACUCUCCUCAAAGACCCCUUCUACAUGGGGCUGUACCAGAAGAGGGACCGCUCGCAGGCCUACGACGACCUGAUCGACGAAUUUAUGGAAGCCAUCACGGACAGGUACGGCCAGAACACGCUGAUCCAGUUCGAAGACUUUGGAAACCACAAUGCUUUCCGGUUCCUGAGGAAGUACAGGGAGAAGUACUGCACCUUCAACGACGAUAUUCAAGGGACGGCCUCGGUGGCCUUGGCAGGACUGCUGGCAGCACAGAAAGCCACUGGGAAACCGCUCACCGACCAGAAAGUGCUGUUCCUUGGAGCGGGAGAGGCCGCCCUGGGGAUUGCAAACCUCAUCGUCAUGGCCAUGAUGGAAAGCGGCGUUUCCUACGAGGAGGCCUCCAGGAGGAUAUGGAUGUUCGACAAGUUUGGCUUGCUGGUUCAGGGCCGGGAGCAGGCGGUGGAUUCCAACCAAGAGCCGUUUACGCAUCAGGCCCCGGAGCAAAUACCAAAGACUUUUGUGGAGGCGGUGAAUAUACUUCGGCCUUCAGCUAUCAUCGGAGUUGCUGGGGCGGGGCGUCUCUUCUCGCAGGACGUGCUCAGAGCCAUGGCUUCCAUCAACGAGCGGCCCAUCAUAUUUGCGCUGAGCAACCCCACGGUGAAGGCCGAGUGCACGGCGGAGGAGGCGUACACGGUGACAGAGGGCCGGUGCCUGUUUGCCAGCGGCAGCCCCUUCGAGCUGGUGACUCUGAAGGAUGGCAGGACCUUCAAACCGGGACAAGGAAACAACGCUUACAUUUUUCCAGGCGUGGCUCUGGCCGUGAUCCUCAGCAGCGUCCGGCACAUUAGUGAUAAGGUUUUCCUGGAGGCUGCCAAGGCAUUGGCGGAGCAGCUGACGGAAGAAGAGCUGGCACAAGGCAGACUUUAUCCUCCACUGUCCAAUAUCAGGGAAGUUUCUAUUUAUAUUGCUGUCAAGGUGAUGGAGUUCCUGUACGCCAACAACAUGGCCUUCCACUACCCGGAGCCCGCCGACAAGAACUGCUACAUCCGCUCCAAGGUCUGGACCUACGAGUACGAGUCCUUCAUGCCGGACGUCUACGACUGGCCCGAGUCCAAGGUGCAGUGAUGCGCCGCACUCCUCAGGCAGCACCUCCUACUCUGCAGGGAUCCCUUCCUCAGACCAACUUAAAUCAUCAUCUUUGACUCCUCUAAUUUAUUUGCGCUCGUUUCGUUGCCUUUUUGUUGUUGUUGUUUCGGUUUUUGGGGUUGGUUUUUUUUUCCCCCCCUCCCCUUAAUGCCCUGUUUUUCACCUGAUUUCUCCCAAGUACCUGAUAAACUGUAUGGAUGACGGGCAUCUGCCACAGGGAUGAGAGAGCCCUCCAAAAUUAAUUUAAGUAAUAACGUUGCGUUUCUAGCUUAGAUCCAGCACCACGCUGAAGAAUUCCAUUAACGUGAUAUUCCGGCUACAUGCCUUUGAUGAUGAACUAUAGCUCUCUCAUCGCUGCCGAUCUCCAGAAUGUUUUAUUUCUGCCUUUAAUAAUCAGUCUUCUAAUUGUCCUGAUGUUGUCACGCCGCAUUAGCUGUGACAUCAAGGGAGGCCGCUUGUCACUUAAAAAAAAAAACCAAAAAAAAGAAAAAAAAAGAAAAAAGGCAGUUAAAGACAACUUCAAGAGUCCAACGGGGCUUCUGUUUUGUUUAAUGUUUAAAGAUGCCCGUGUCCAGACAUCCUUGUGGCACUGGCUGCUGUUUCCUUGAGGAGCAGCAAGAUGUACUUGUGUGGAGUCUGCAGCAAAGUUUGCAGUUCUGUUUUCAUCACUCCGUGAAAUCUGUUCUCAGGAAAAAAACGCGAACUAGUUCAAAUUGUCCUUGGAAGGCCUGAAAAUAAUAAUAAUAAUAAUCACUUAAUAGCUUUUAAAAACAAAGCCGCGCUGUCGCGGAAUAAAUUUUAUCGGGUAGAGGUGGGACCUGAAGUGAUUCACGGAAAUCUUUUUAGAGAUUUUACAAGGAGAUUUUACCCAAUGGACCGCAAGAUGAUGUACCAAAGGCUUUUUAUUUAAUUUUUUUAAAGUUUUUCAGUACUCUGUUUUGUCUAAGCCAGGCUGGUUGUUUUUUUCCCUCGGACCCCCUUGCUCUCAGAAGGACGCGUGUGCGAUGUUUUACGGCAUCGCUGACUCAAAAACUCCCAAGGGGCCUGGCUUCCAGCGAGCGCCCCGUAGGCAGCUGAGGAAGCUGGAGCAGAAAGCGCAGUCAGGCAGCUGUCGACGCGAGUCUGGCCCAACGUCCCCCGAGCUCCUGGUCCCGUAGCUUGCGGCCAGCGUGAGCGCCGCGCUCAAAAAGCUGCCCGUGCCCGCCAGCUCCGACCUACCCCCCUCGCGGGCAGAGGUUUGUCAGAGCUCUGCCGCCAGAACAGGAACUUGCCGCUGAGUUUCCCCUCGCCGGGGGCCAGGUUUGCUGCAGGCGCCGCGGUGCGGGCUCCCCGUGACGUGCCCUGCUCCCUCCCUAGGGACGGGCGGGCGAUGGACGCGGUCCGCCGCUCCCCCGGCGCGCAGCGAGGACGAGCCACGCGUCAGGGGCAGAAAUAAAGAUGCCCUGCUGUCCCACAGCCUGCUGCAGCGAGGCAGGAAAAGGAACAGGAGCAAAACAAACAGGUGGAGCGUCACCCAGAGAGAUAAAGCAAGGCUUGCUCGGGGUUUCCCCGUGGCAGGCACUGCUCUGGUACCCUCAGUUGUACAGCAAAAUGCACUCUCCACAGGACAGAGCAGAGAAAAUGGUCUCAGUACCCCCUCAGGCGCCUGCAGCCUGAUCUCUGGCUCUAAAAUCUAUAUUCAUACAAAAAACAGUGGACUUUGGGACGGCGCUGCCUAACUGGGGAAAGAAGACUGAUUAUGUAAAGGCAGAAAAGAGUGACGUGGGGAAAAACCUGUGGUGUUCAAGCUGUGGUAAAACGUUGUGUGGUGGUCAGAGUGCUCCACUGCUGCGUCCUGAGACGCACGUGGACACAAGCUUGCACUUGCAAGUAAACGUGCAACAGACACCAACACACACACAGGGUGUUUUUACAAAGAGUGGUUUUUUUCAUCUAUUUUUGCUAUGCCUCGUUUUUAUCGUAUUUAAAUUAGUGACCUUACUGAGGAAGAAAAAAAGAAGUAAUUAUUUAUUCAAUGUAUGAAUUAUUUUUGCCUUCUGAAAACCCAUCUCUGUCUGGAGCCUGUUGCGUUGUGCCAGUGGGGUUCUGCGUCACUGGAUUCCAGCGUACUGGGAACACACGCCUCCUCCCUUCUGCCAACAGUCCAGUUAGACAGACGAGUAACCAAAUCCACCCAAAAACGCUCUGAUCUCGCGUCCCAGCCAGGAGGGGUCGCGGAGGCAGGGCACCGGCCCCGAGCGCUGCCUCAGGAAAUAAAGACCCACCCUGCCAGCUCACGGAGUUUUUUAAGUCCACUCCCUCUUUCAUCUUUUCCAGUUUUUUUGGGUUUUUUUUUUUUAAUACAUAGGGUUUUAAGACACAUAGAUUCAUGUUCAGUUUUUCUUCAGGUACACUUAAUCCUUGAACUAAUUACAACUGCUAAUCUUGCUGGCUAGUAUGGAACCAUAUUUUCAUAUUCUACUUAACAUGAUCUUUUUGUUUUGUUUUGUUUCCUGGCUUAUUCAAAAUAUUUUCUGAUCCUUAUCUGUACAGAAAACUCUCUUAGACAGUAUGCAAAGGGAAACAGCUGUCACCAGGAUGCAUUUUGUCGUGUUACAUAGUGUAAGUUAAAAAAAAUACAACACCUAAAGGACCACCAGCGGUGUAGCUCGUCACGCGGCCCUGGUGACUUCCAAAACUAUAUAAAAAGAGUUUUCCAUGUCUCUCUGGGGAAUGCAGAACCCUUAUGAGAGGAUCAGGAACUUCACUGAGGUCAGUCUUUUCCAGGAUUUUUCCAGCCUCGCUUCCUUAAAACCAGCAGGAGCAGGACUGAGCCUCUUGGCAGCGACCUGUAGGAAGUGUUCAGGGGCGAGUAAAGGUACCCAGUGAAGCACAGCCUUUCUUCAUAAAAUACACGUGUUUUCGUCCAAAGACGCUGCAAAGGUUUGUGUGUUCCUGAGGCCUCUGCCCGGCUGCCAGCGUGCAGAAGGAGGCGAUUAAGAUGUUGUGUCCGAUCCAUUCUAAACCCCCAGCGCGACUCGUGGCGCGAGUUCCCGCUUACGUUUGCGGACAGCGAUGCAUCCUGGUGCCUCGUGCUGGUUUCCCAAGGUUCAAACCAAGCGACGCUUUACCUGCAGAGUGGUGUGUUGACGGGUUUCCUGUGGUCAGUGCAUGUCUUCCUCUCGUACUGUUGUUUCCGGCACGCUGUUUUUAUGGGGAUAAAAGUAACUCUUGUCACACUCCUCUGGUAGUACCUGCAAAGAUGAACGGCGACACCUUUUAGCUUCUCACUAGCAGCCCUCCGUGGUGACUGUUCCUGUGGGAGAGUGGGGAUCACUAUUGUACGGCUCCAACCCCGGUUUUACUUCAGCUGACCCUGGGCCUCGGGCAGCCCCGGCUGUUUCUCACCUGCUGCGGGCUCACUGCAGAAGUGCGGGGCUGAGCUCCUCUGCCCGGCACGCGGAGGUGCCCACGACUCCAACAUCAGCCUGGCAGCCGCUUGGGCUCACUCCAAGUGCUUCCCGCGUUGGAGAAACCUCUGAUUUCUGGACUCUUUCGGAUGGUGUCAUCCCGCUGCCCCAUUCCGUGACAGCCGUGGGUAGCGGGCAGGGACUGGUGUUACGUGGAAGGAGGGAAUCCGGAGCAAAGCUCUGGCUGUGCUGGCUUGGCAGCUGAAUUUGAGCAAAGCCGUUCAGCUGCCGCUGCUGAGGGCACAUCGGACUCUGUGCGGACCUGCCCUGCUCCCAAGAGACACGUCAGCACCGUAUCAGCACCCCGCGGGACUCCGGGCGAGUGCCGAGGACGAUCCAGCUCCGAACCCGCGCUUCCCGCGCCGCCGGCAGCUCUCCGUGGGGAUGGCACCGACCCACGGCAAGUCUCCGUGGGGAUGGCACCGACCCACAGCAGCUCUCCGUGGGGAUGGGAUGGCCCUGACCCACAGCAGCUCUCCGUGGGGAUGGCCCCGACCCACGGCAGCUCUCCGUGGGGAUGGCAUCGACCCACGGCAGCUCUCCGUGGGGAUGGGAUGGCCCUGACCCACAGCAGCUCUCCGUGGGGAUGGGAUGGCCCUGACCCACAGCAGCUCUCCAUGGGGAUGGCACCGACCCACGGCAGCUCUCCGUGGGGAUGGGAUGGCCCUGACCCACAGCA